UUUAUUGGUCGCAUUUUUCGUUCGUUAAGUUCGACCCCCAAUCGUAUGUUAAUGAAAGAUUUGAAUCUCUGAACUCAUUGUUUCAAUCUCAUACUGGUAAGCUAGUGUUUUAUGCUAUCAGAGUUUGUAGAAUUAAGGGUCGUAUGAAUUUUUGAUGAUCAGAGAUGGCUGAAUGUCCGGAGUCGAAUGGGAUUGUUAACAACAUCGUUUCGGAAAAGUGGUGUGGCAGCCGAAAAUCAGAAUGGGUACGUCUAAAUGUUGGGGGUCACCAUUUCCUUACAACUCGAACAACCCUCUGCAGAGAUCCAAAGUCUUUUUUCUUCAGACUCUGCCAAGAAGACAACAAUCUUGCCUCUGAUAAAGAUGAAACAGGUGCCUUCAUGAUCGAUAGGGACCCAACCUAUUUUUCACCAAUAUUAAAUUUCUUAAGACACAGUAAACUAGUUAUUGACAAAAACUUGGCUGAAGAAGGAAUUUUAGAAGAGGCUGAAUUCUAUAAUAUUACGGAACUUAUCCAGUUAAUCAGAGACAAAAUUAGAAUACGAGAUGAGCUACCUCAGAAGGAAAACAGGAAGCAAGUCUAUCGUGUAUUACAGUGUCAUGAAGAUGAAUUAACCCAAAUGGUUUCAACCAUGUCUGAUGGCUGGAAAUUUGAGCAGCUUAUAAAUGUAGGAUCACAAUACAGCUAUGGUAAUGAGGACCAUUCAGAAUUUCUUUGUGUUGUCUCAAGGGAGUGUGACAAGAGAGAAAGGGAAACAGAACCUACAGAUAGAGCUAAGGUGCUCCAACAAAAAGGUUUGAGGAUGUAGUAAGUACCUGAUAUUUUUAUAACAGGAACCAAAUACUGAAAUAAUAUGAUGCAGAGAACCAGCCUUGUGGGAUUUUAUCCACGUUGCAGCCAUUUUGACAUGUUUUUGAUCACUACUGUUGCUUUUUAUUCACAAGUGCAAUACAACUCUGCUUCACAGCUUCA